AGAUUUCGGAUAGCUGAAGGAUGGGCAUGGAGAGAUGACAUUGACUACAGCAGGACGACAGUUGGAAACAGUAUUUCAACCAUGCACGAGAAACCAAGGAUUAAUUUAACUAAGGAAGACCUUCUGUUGUCCGUGGCACAGGAUCCUGGACUAGACUACGGACAAGGGCGGUAUCUUGAGCUGGAAGGAGUGGACGAUUAUGUGAUGUGGCACGAUGGCCCAGAGCCAACAAAGAAAGAAAUUAACAGAAAGUAAGAGUGACUUUUGCCUUACAAUUUGUCUCACUGUCUUAUAAUUUAUAGUUUUUUCUUUGGUCCCAUUUAUACGGAGAAGAGGUAUCCCGGGCAGAAGAGUCACCCGCUACUUGAAUUACCGUGGGUGCGUGAGCCAACUUUUCAUACAUUUCCUUACAAAACGUGGCGAACUGUUUACAUGAGAAAUAAAACGUUGUUCCGGCUACAAGGAGGGUAGCUAAUAGGUUUUUGGGGAUUCGGGAUCUUAUAUAGAGCAAAUUCGUGGCGAGAUUCGGGAUUGAGAGUAUGCACGGGAGGUGAGAUGCCAAACAUAAACCUUGGGAUUACAGGAGUGCCCGAAAUUUUGGGUCGGAAUUACGGGAUUGAAGAACCUUUUUUGCGGACCCUCUUUAAGGGUAAGCCGCCUUGCCGGGUCACCCCUAUUUGAUGGUAGCCCAGCAAGGCCAUAUAAGCACUUUGACAGCACAAACAGAGCAUGUGUGAGCUCUGUUAGCUCGAGCGAGGGGGUCACCCUUUUUGUCAUACAAACGCUCACUAAAGUUGGCUCGACUGGGAAGGUGACCCUGUUUCCCGCGACAACUUUUCUUCAUAUAAAAGGAGCCUUAUAAUUAACGGACAACCCGUUGACUCAGUUGACGGAUUGUAGGACUGCUUGGCGGAAGGGGGCGGGUUCAAACCACGCCCGGACCAUCAAGAAACGCCUUAUAAAACUUGUUCGAUCAUGCGGAUUAAGAUUAAGACCUUCACUCACUUUAUAUUAUUGCAUCUUUGGGCAGUGACUUCAUAAAGCAAUAACCCUCUUAAUCGGUUAGAGGGGAGGGGGAAGAAAUCACGUUACUGUCGUUCCUUUUGGUACAAUUAAAGACAGUACAAAAUAAUUAUUGGGGGUAUACUGUGAUUAUUUAAGCGUGCGUCUUUUAACAACUAACACGCAAAUAAUGUAUUCGAUACUUUGGUUUGGUUUCACAGAAUACGAAGCUGUAAGAAGCCAAUUCAAAACGUACUUUUUCUAAAGACUCAUUUCACCGGAUCUGACGUCAUCACCAACAUUCUCAAUCGAUUCGCUGAUUUACGGGGACUGCGCGUAGCUCUACCAAGCGGGGGUCUGUCGACAUUUUAUUGGCCGUCAAGAUUUCACUGGAAAUACGUCGACAUCAUGUUACUUGAUGGCGCCCUUCCCAAUAUACUUUGCAAUCAUGCACGGUUUAAUGGUGACGUCAUGGAUGAGAUAAUGCCGCCUCGCACCGCCUUUCUUACUAUAGUCCGCGAUCCCAUGUCGCAUUUCGAGGUGACAUUCCGUAACCUAGAGUUCGCGGAGGUUUUGGAAAUGGAAGGCGUGCCACAUCCUCAUAUGGUCUUCUUGGAAAAUCCGGGCAAAUACAUUACUAGAGCCAUCCAGCACAAGAGAUUUAAGGUUCGAUCAUGGUCAAAAUGCAAAUAAAAACGCAAAUUCAAACGGCGCAACAAAUCUUUGACAAUAAACCAACUACGAUAUAUUAAAAUUCAUACUUGGCUGCGAGGCUUGGGGAAAAAAACAAAAGAAAUCAUAUGAAUAAUACAUUUCUUUUGUUUUAUUCCCCCAAGCCACAGAGCCAAGUAUGAAUUUUCAUUUAAUGAGAAGCAUCACAAGAAGUUUAGUGGAAGUGUAUGAAUAUAGUGAAUUAGUAAAAUCCAACUAGUGGUCUAUUAUCAAUGCUGCUUUCUGAUUGGUUGAGCUACUACUAGGCUAUAUGUUAUAGCCCACUAGUAGCGAAAAGCGCGGGCUUUUUGGCGGCAAAAAAGGAUUGAAGUCUAGCUUUAACUAGCCAAAUUUUUUUAUUCCAACUAGUUGGUCAAUUUGAUAUCAUGGUAACAACAGUAUCUUUUGUUACUGUUUUAGGAUUCUCUGAAUCUCAUCAAGAAUGGAAUGUUCUUCGACCUUGGUCUUCGUACGACAGACUAUCAUAAACCCGAAGUAGUAAAAGACGCAAUUAUAGACAUCGACGACAAAUUCACUCUGGUGUUAAUUUAUGAGUACCUGGAUGAAUCUCUUGUAUUGAUGAAGCGAAAACUUUGUUGGCAACUCGAUGAUGUUUUGUAUCUCAAAUUUCAUUAUCAACGUCAUGGAGAACCAUCGCUAAACGAAAUGAUGAGCAGCGGCUUUGUGGAAAAAAUUCAGCGAUGGAAUAAAGCUGACUUCAUGUUGUAUCAAUAUUUUAACGACACACUUUGGAAAGAAAUUCACUUUGAAGGAAAGGAUUUUAUUGAUGAGCUUCGCGAUUUUAGAUCUAAACAUGAAGAAAUGGAACGAGAUUGUCUUGGGUUUGGAUCAGUAAAUGAAGAGAAAAUCACUCUCAAUCCGAACGUUUCAUCGUAUAAUCGGUACUUAUGUGAAAAGAUGCUCUUUAACGACAUAGAGUAUAUACACUACUUCCGCAAAAAGAUGGAAAAUGUUAAAAUGACCGCGCCCGCCAACAGCACUGCGGAUGGGAAUAAAAAUAGAAUACAUUCUGGGCAUGCGCAGGAAAGAAAUGAAGUUCAGUUAAACAGAAACGAGACAGAAGCGAGCGUGGUUUCAACGCGAUGA